AUGUAUACUACCAGAACUCCGUACUCUCGAAGAUCCAGAACGCAUUCUCCAGCAAAAUCUCACCAACCGGCCAUCAUUCCGACACCACGCAACAAAGAUGAAUUCUACAUCCAGCGCCCAGAGCAACCGCUCAUCGAUGAUAUCUUACGUGGCACCGAAACGGGACAUUACUGGCUUAUCGUCGGCGAAAGAGGCACAGGGAAGACGAGCAUGUUGGUCCACUCAAUGCGAGACAUCUACGGACGGGAUGUUGUUAUGCUAGACGUUCAUGACGAUAUCGAUGUAUUCCAGGUUCGGCUUGGCAAGGCCCUGGUUAAGAUAUAG